AUGAAGCUCGUCCGCUUUUUGAUGAAAUGCGCCAAUGAGACGGUGACCAUUGAGCUCAAGAAUGGCACAAUUCUCCACGGUACCAUCACAUCCGUCUCGCCUCAGAUGAACACCUCCCUCCGAACCGUCAAGAUGACCCCCAAGGGCCGUGACCCCGUCUCUCUGGAUACCAUCAACAUCCGUGGUUCGACAAUUCGUUAUUACAUCCUCCCCGACAGCUUGCCCCUCGACACUCUGCUUGUGGAUGACGCCCCCAAGCCCAAGAACAAGGCCCGCAAGGAGGCAGACCGCGGCCGCGGGGGCCGUGGCGGGGGCCGAGGUGGCAGAGGCCGGGGUCGUGGCCGUGGCCGUGGUCGUGGCUUCUAA